AUGUCCCACUCGGAUAGGGGAGUCGCGGCAGAAGCAACCGGAGGAGGCGAGGACAUGCGGGCGGACAAAAACUACCAACACCUUGUAGAGACGUCGGGCAGGAACAACCGAGUGGUGUGCGUGCAAAAGGAAUUUAACGAUUUAAUAUACUACAAAUAUGAUAACGAGUGCGACCCGCACAACACAUUCAGCUUCUCCUUCAAUUCGACAUUCAAAUUUGACGCUAAUUAUUAUGCGCGGUACAAACAAAAUAAAAAAUCGUUCGUGGAGAGGAAGAUCAGCCCCCAGGAGGCAGUGGGGUCCUGCAUAUAUUGCCUCUUCCUUGACGAAAUGAACUUCCUAAGUAUCUAUGGGCACACCUUUAUAUAUGACAAAUCUGAAGAGACGGACUAUAAGGGGUAUUACGAGAGAAUGAUAGACAUGCAUUACGCACCCGAAGGGAAAGGGGAUUCCCUGGAGGUCACUUCCAACAGUGUGGAUGCCCGGGAUGGCUCCGCCCUCAGUUGGAGGUCCCACGGGGGGGACGUCCAUUCGGGUAGCCCAGAAGACUCCAAAGGUCUACAGGAGUUUCCCCUUUUGGACAGCCGCGAAAACUCAAUACUGGAAGGUUUCCUGCGCGAUAACAGGAUACACUACGCGUAUGACGAGAUAGGGGAGGGAGGAGAAGCUGAUGGUGGGGAAGCUGGUGGUGGGAAAGCCGAUGGUGGGAAAGCUGAUGGCGGGAAAGCUGAUGGCGGGGAAGCUGCCGGUGGGGAAGCUGGGGGGGAGAAAAGUGGGGCCAGCGACCUGGUCAUGGGAGGCGCGUCGCUGAAUAGCAAAAUGGUAGACGACUUUUUUAUGAAUUUGGAAAAGGGCGAUCUCGGCGAGGGGGGGGAGCUCAGCGAUGGGGGAGAGCACAAGGGGGGAGAACACAAAGUGGGAGAUCUUAGCAACGUGGGGGGAGAGCGCAACUUGGUGGGCCACCCCCCCCCGCACAUCAAAGACAUGCCAAACCUCACGUUCGAUAAGCAAAAGUGCAGGCGGUUCCGAGAGGACAUAAAUAAAAAAAAAAUCUGGAGCAACGUGCUCUUCGUGAACUCCUUCACCAACCUCAACAUCCUGUCGCACAUUGACAAGUACAAAGGCAGCUACGAAGAGUUAAAGUAUUUUUCUUUCCACGAAAAGUACAAAAAAAGGAAAUUAAAUCAUCUGAUAAGGACGACCCUGGAUUUGAAUGACCACAACUAUUUUGUUAAUAAUAAUAUUUUGAUUCUGAUUGCCAAUGAUGAAAUAAAAUUUUUAGAGCAGCUGACUUUCUGUGGAAGCACCUCCCAGGAUGACCAGUGGUCUCUCCCCUACAUCACAGACAAGAGUGUGCGUGUAGCAUACGAGCGGAUAAAGCGAAGGUAUAAAUUGGCCGACCAUGGGGAGGAUAACCGUGUCUUUCUCAUCAAGGUGAUGUACCACGAGGGAGAAAUAAGUUUAAUUCUGAUGGACUACAUCAGCGGGGUUGGAGACCCCAUGAAGCUGUCAAUUCCUUUUUUUUUCCUGGCGUCCCAUGAAUGCCUUUCUCAGUACACCCACUUUUUUAUGAAGGACAACUUGAUUGGCUGGAUCAGCAAAAGCAAGCUGCUCUACAUCACGGCCAUGCGCAAGAUUUUCGCCUACCUUCGCGAAAGCGCGAGCUACGCGAACAGGCCCUACGACGUCGUGACGGUGGAAAACAAAAUCAUCUCAAAUGUGUACCUGCUGUAUUUGAGCCACGACAUUUUCAAGUACGUGCUCUUCGGGAGGUACAACCCCCUGAAGGACUGCUCCCUCCACAAAAACAUCCCCUUCGAGGCAGCGCUCCUCAGCCACAUCAGCACCUUCACCCAGGAGGAGUUAGCCAAUCACGAAACGUAUUUUAAGAAGAUAACCGAAAAGGAAACCAACCAUUUGGACGAUCCCAAGAAGGGGAGUCGCAUGGAUGUAUUCGAUAUCUUUGUCAUCCCCUCAGCUAAUUAUGUAAAGUUCCAGCAAGUGCUGUCUCAGCUGUUCAAGGCUCUGUUCGACUGUGGGGGCAAACACAUUUCUGCGUUGCUGAAGAUCGCCACCGUGAGGUCUCACUACGAUAUGCUAUACAAUUUCAACUGCUAUAACUACCAGCUGCACAGCUUCCUGGUGAACCUGCUGGACCUGUACCAGCACUACUACGAGCACGCCGAGCUGGACGCCUUGUUCAGGGAGAGCCAGCGGAUUCUGCUCCGCCUGGUGAAGCUGACGCUCGACGAAAUGAACAACCUCAUCCCGUUCAACGAGGACAAGCAGUUGGUCAAGUACCUCAUCGUGAUUCUUUACUUUGGGAACGACAUGUUUUGCCUGGACAAGGAGAACUCCAUAUACAUCCAGCUGAUUCACGAGCUGCGCCACCUGAACAUACACCACGCGAUUUUGGUGGCGUACCUGUCCGGAGACAAGGCGGGCACGCUCUGCUCGGAGGAGCGGGCCAUUCAAGUGGCCCCCCACGAAGCAGGUGAAGAAGACCCCCCCAAGAGGGGCGUCGCCUACCUCACCUUUGAAGAUCAAAACGAAUAUUUGAGGCCCCCUCCUACAAACAGAAUCGACGUGGUGGACCCAAUAGCUGCCUUCCUAAACCGGUUCGACAGCAGACACUUUGGGGACUUCCACGUGGCUAUAAAAUCGGAGAGGCAUUACUCUCUUGGCAUCUUCAUAGUGUCCUACAUGGCGUCAGUCAUCUUCAUCAUCGGAGAGCUAAACAAAAAGCACAAGGUCAUUUACGUCUACAGGAUUUUCAAAAAUUUGUACCUGCGGAAUUACCCCCACAACAUUACCAAGUAUUACACCUUCUGGAACACCCGGCUGUACGCCUUUGCGCAGUACGAGCCGGAGUGCGUCCUGCUCUUCGAUAGGUACAGCCUGUAUGAGAGGUACUCGGAGGGGGGGAAGCACACCCCGGAGGGGAAGCAAACAGCGGAUGGGAAGCAAACCGCGGAUGGGAAGCACACCUCAGAAGAGAAGCAAAUCUCUGAUGGAAAGCAAAUCUCUGAUGGAAAGCACACCUCAGAGGAGAACCCCCCGCUGGGAGAGGCUGCCACCCCCUCGCCCGACGCGCUGAAAAACAACGAGGAGCUGGUGAACCACUUCUCCGCACAGCAAAACAGCUGCCUGUGCUACGAAAGCAUGAUCAACAAGUCGAAGGGGGAGUUCGUGGUGAGCGAGUACCUGCAGCUGCGCCACCGAUUUAUGAAGCAAAUAAAGAAAAAAAAAAAAAAAAAAAAAUUGUACCAACAGAUGAAAAACUAUAAUUUCUUUAAUGACCCCCUGGAAAUAUCCUACAAAACGAAGAACUUUCAAAAUGAAAAGUUAGUAGAUAUCUGCAAAGACAUGAAAUUUGAGAGGAACCACCUCUGCAUGUUUCACAAGUCCAGAAUCAUACUGACGUACCUCUACCUGUUGACCACCUCCCCAGAUUACACAUUCUACGUGAUCAGUCCUUUGGUCUUUAUCAAGCCAAAAAAAUAUUGCAACCAGUUUGACAUCCCCCUGGUGCUGAAUAAUAUACUAAAGAAUAGGAGCUUCUUCAAAAAGAGCUCCAAGAUUUGUAUUAACUAUGCCUUUGCUCAUUUCAUAUCUUCGGGAGAAAAAACGAACAACUUCAUCGUGACCGCCAAGAUCAGUGGGACCAUGGUGAACGUCAGCAAGAACAACUUGCUGCUACUCCUCCCGCUGAGAAAGAGGGUAGACAUUUUAGAUCACUCCACUAAUAAAGAAUAUGACAUAAAGGAGGAAAUUCUAAAUGAGUAUUUCAUUAUUGGGAACCCCCACAUCCCCAUUAGUGUCAUUUCGUACAGCUACCGGGACUACGACGAGGUCAAGCGCAGUGAGCACAGCACCAUCGCCGGCGCCUUCAUAAAAAGGCACGACCAGAAUUUUGUCGUUUACCGUAGGGUGACCGGCGGGCGUGGCCAUCACGGUAGGGAUGGCAGGGAUGGCAAACAGGGUACACAUGGCACACAUGGCACACAUGGCACACACGGAACACAUGGCGCACACGGCUCACAUGGCAACCCCUGCGCGGAGAGCCACUCCUUCGAAAUGAACGGCAAGCUCCUCUGCUUCUGCGACGCGUUGGGGAGCAGGCAAAAGGAAGAAGCCAGUAACUGCGUCUACCCCUUCUGCGAGCAAAACAAACGAUUCUGCUACGUCAACGAACGGUGUAUUGACGGCAGGUGCGUCUGCAUCGACGGUUACUCAAGAAAUCCAAUGAGUUCUCUCUGCGAAAAGAACAACGAGUGCAUCCUAUCCGGUGAGUCAAACUGCAAAGAACCCGGGAAAUGCGUCUUGGCUCAGAAUAGAUACGUGUGCCUCUGCCCCCACCCCUAUGUGCGCGUUUUGAACAACUGCCUGCACCCGGUUAAGGGCAUCAAAAUCGGCCUGCGCAUCUUCAACCAUUUUCAAAAUGACCUGUCCAACGACGAGGAUGAUGCGGCCAAGAAGGAAAAAUUCUACACCAACGUGUUCGGCUCCAUGUCCGAGUACCUCAAGGAGGUCAUCAGAAGUGUGGUCGACCCCGCGCUCACCACGCGCAUACACGUGAAGCCCAUACAGAAGCUGAAGAACGGAAUCAAAGCGACCAUCAUAAUUAACCAGCGAAGCAGCCCAGAGGAACCCACCCCCAUCGACGUCUUUAACAUUUUCCUCAACCAGUUGGGCGACUCCACCUCCGAGCUCAACAACGGCUUCUACGCCUACUUCGCUAGAUUCACCUACAUAGAGUACGUAAAGUCGUUUUCCAAGGACGAGGGCUCCUCCCCAUUGUACGACCACCUCCUCAGAUACGUCCCAACCUUCUUCGCAAACAUGUUCGAGGUAGAUGCCUUCAAUGACAUUUCCAUCAUCGCAUGCAUCAAUUUUUUUGUUUUAGUCAUCGUGACCUUUGCGCUGCUCUUUUACUUUUCCUACUUGUUUGUCAAAAUGAGGUUUUUCCGAGAUGUGCACCUCAAGGGGUUUUAG